AUGUGCGAGAAAGGUGAAAAACUGGCGAUGAAGAAGAUUAAAGACGAUGUGUUAGUGGAGAAAGAGAACAAGGUCGUGAAAAUCCAGCAAGAACUUAAACGUUCGCCAAAGAAAUCUGGCGAAAAAGUUGCGCCGGGCAAGGAUGAAAAGCAGAAUACUCGGUUCCGUGGGCGUUCCAAGUCAUCAAGUUCAUCCAGCUCGGAAUCCAGCUCUUCCAGCUCGGAAUCAAGUUCGAAAUCCUCCAGCUCUGAAUCGCAGUCCGGUUCGGUGGCCAGUUCUUCAUAUUUAGAAAAGAAAAAGAAGAGUGACUCUCUGAGUCUUGAGCCGAGUCCCGAACUUAUUUCAAAUUCCUGGGAAAGCACCCCCCCUAAAAAUCACGGCAAAAGUCGUUCUCCGAGCCGCAGGAAAAGUUCCCCAAGCCACAAGAGCAGCAGCCGUCCACGGAUUAUCAAUCCCUUUGGAAAUCCCCGUAUAACUCGUUCUCCGUCCAGACGCCGCAGUCCCCAGCGUGUUUUCAAUUCUUGGAGAAGCAGGGCUCCCGCCAAAGGUCGCCAGAAGAGUCGUUCUCCGCUGAGGAGCCGCAGUCCCCAGCGCAUUGUCAGGCGUUGGAGGAGCAGGACUCCCGCCGAAAAUCGCCAGAAGAGUCGUUCUCCGUUGGGGAACCGCAGUCCCCAACGAUUUUAUAAGCGUUGGAGGAGCAGGACUCCGCCCGGUAAUUUCCAGAAGAGUCGUUCUCCGCUGAGAAGCCGCAGCCCCCAACGCGUUUUCGAUUCUUGCAGGAGCAAGAUGCCCACCGAAAAUCGCGAGAAGAGUCGUUCUCCGCUGAAGAGCCUUGUUUGCAAUCCCUGGAAACGGAUCCUGUGCCCGGCAGAUCGCGAGCACAAUGAAUCGGAGCUGUACCGGCAACGCCACAAGAUCUCCCUGGCCAGCUGCGAUCCGCGACGCGCUCCCAAACCCGUGCAGAAUUUCCACCGCAGCGGAUUCGAUGAGAACAUAAUCCGGCGUCUGGAGCUCCGUGGCUUCGAGUCGCCCACACCCAUCCAGGCCCAAAGCUGGCCAGUGGCCCAGUCGGGCAGCAACCUGGUGAUGGUCUCCGGCACCGGAACGGGCAAGACACUGGGCUACCUGCUGCCGGGCAUCAUGAAAGUCCAGAAGAUGCAUCUAUCGCAACGCCGCAACGAUGGUCCGAUUGUCCUGGUUCUGGUGGACUGUCGGGAGGCAGCGAUUUUGGUCCACAAGGAGGCACAGUCCUUCACGAAUCAGCACGAGCUGCGGAGCCAGUGCAUCUCGGGCAGCGUCUGGUGGAACGCCUCCACCAACUGUGAGCUGUUGGUGCUUACGGCCGGUCGCCUGCUGGAAAUAAUGUCCGGAGAUGGCCAGGAGAUGGCCCUGGGUCGUUGCUCCUAUGUGGUUCUCGACGACAUAGACCGCAUGAUUGACGUCGGCUUGGAGGGCCAGCUGUGCCGCCUGCUCUGCCUGAUGCGUCCCCAGGCCCAGUUCGUCAUCUCUUCAUCAUCGUGGCCGCGCAAUCUCCAGCGGAUGGCCCGCAAGUACAUGGGCAACUACACCCUGAUCCGCGUGGGUGAUCCCGACGAUUCCAGCCAGGGACUACUGAGCCUCCGCCAGCGGGUGGUGGUGCUCAAUUCGAGCCGCAAGACGCAUCAGCUCAAGGAGGAGCUAACGGCCAUCUAUGAUCUGAGCGACACGCCCGGCAAGGUGGUGGUCUAUGCCGAGCGCCAGCGGUGCGUCGACGAGCUGGUGGCCUUCAUCCAGGUCUUUGUGCCCUGCGCCGGCCUCCAUGGCGGACGUACUGUCGCCGAACGGGAUGCCAUCAUCCGUGCCUUUCGCAACGGCCACUACAACAUCAUUGUGGUCACCGACAUGACCCAGCGGGGACUGGACGUGCCGGGCAUCAAGUAUGUGAUCAACUACGACUUGCCCAACUCCGUCGAGGGCUAUGUCCAGCGCCUGACCAGAACGGGCUGCCUCUCGGUAUCGCAGGGCUGCGAGGUCAUCAGCUUCUUCACCAGAACCAACUUCAAGCUCUCCAACACUCUGGUCGCCUUUCUCGAGGAGCACAAGCAGGUGGUUGAGCCGCAUCUCCUCCAGAUGGCAAAGGAUAGAGUUCGUCGCAUCCAGAAUCGCCGCUCCGACCGUCCUCGUCGCGGCAAUCAUGCCAAUCGCCAUCACUAAGAGCCAGCCAAGCCAAAUCAAUCCGAUGGA